CAAUGGGCAGGAAAGUGAGGGAGAAAGGCUCGGAGUCCUGGUGUAGCAUGCCAUAGCGCGCGCCCUGUGACAGGUGGUCGCCCUCUGCCUUUUAACAUGCAAGACAGGAAGCUCCCGCUCAGAAAGACCCGCAGCUUCUUUGUGCUGCGCCCUGAUUCUGGGGCGGUCGGGGGUUGCUAGGAGCCGCUAUUUAUCGAUACAAAGGGACGGGCCCAGCGCCGGGGAGUGCAGGGUUAAACAGAGCUAACAGCCGGCUGUGUACACAGCACACCCGGCUCAGCGUUCUCCCUCCAUAGUGACUGCUAUCUAGGAACCAGGCAGCCCCCUCCUGGGAAGUGCUCCUUCUCCUCACACACCAGGACACUGACAUGCGAGGAAGCCGCAGAGGAUGCAGCCUCCGCUCAUAGCCCGCUCUGGGAGCUGCGUUACUGGGACAACGGGCACCGCCUGAGCCCGGCUCAUACAGCGGCUGGGCACGGGAGUGAGAGCAGCAGGAGCUGGCGGCCUGCCCGGGACUACAGGUAACGAUUAGCACAUUUGCCCCUGCUAGUCAGGACAAGGGAAAAGCAAUGAGAAACCGGUAUUAGAGCAAGAGCUCUACAGAUGAAGAAAAGCCUAAGAAAGGAACCUUUUUUUUAGGAAAAAAAACAAUCUCUACACAGAGAUGGUUCUACGACUGAGAUGUUUUGUGCUCUAUACAUUGUUUAUGUCAGUUUUUGGGAUUUUUAUCUACUUUUACAAAGACACUAAAACAGUAGUUGACCCUGUUGUCCCUAGAAAAACAGACACCCCAAAACAAGAAUUUGUCUUCUGGGCUCCCACAUCAAAAAAGGUCAUCCAAUGUUAUCCAAACGUAUCUGUGCUUAAUGCUUCCUCAACCUUUCCUGAACUGCAUCGCUUAUUCUUGAUGUACAGACAUUGCAGGAACUUUUCGACUCUCCUCAUGCCUAAGGAAUGUGGCAAAGAUACCUUUUUAUUACUGGCCAUAAAGUCUCUUCCUAUUAAUAUCGAUAGGAGGAUUGCUAUAAGAAAUACCUGGGGGAAAAGGCAGGAAAUUGAAGGCAAGAAAAUUAAACUUGUGUUUUUGCUUGGCAAGACUGAGGCCAGGGUACCAGCCCAAUCACUGGACCAGCUCCUGUCGUAUGAAAACAAAGAAUUCAAUGAUAUCAUCCAAUGGAAUUUUAUGGACAAUUUUUUUAACCUCACACUGAAGGAGCUUCAUUUUUUGAGAUGGUUCACAGAAGAAUGUGCCCACACCAGUUUUGUCCUGAAAGGUGAUGAUGAUGUAUUCAUUAAUACGUACAAUAUUAUAGAGUUUCUUCAAGAGAUGGAUCCAGAACAUGACCUUCUUGUUGGUGAUGUAAUCAACAAAGCAAUUCCCAUUAGGAACACUAAAAUAAAAUACUUCAUUCCACAUGAAAUGUACAAUGAGAGUCACUAUCCUUUAUAUGCUGGAGGAGGUGGCUACCUAAUGUCCAGAAGGACUACCCAACGUCUCCUUAGCACAGCUGAAAGCACAGAACUCUUUCCUAUCGAUGACGUUUUUGUUGGCAUGUGCCUUGAAAAGAUGAAUGUGACUCCACAGUUUCAUGCAGGCUUCAAAACAUUUGGUAUCCGCAAACCGGUUAAUCCGUUUGAUCCAUGUUUGUAUAAAGGGCUAAUGGUUGUUCACAAAUUAACUCCUACAGAAAUGUGGAUUAUGUGGACUUUAGUGAGCGAUGAAGGGAUGCACUGUGCAAAGUCUAAAAAGUCUUUGUGAAAUAUGAACAUUUCUAGUAUGAUGUUUCCCUUCUUAAAGAAGGCAAAAUACUAUUUGUGUAGUUCUACCAAUCUAACCACCUUAAGUGCUUUGUCCUAGAACUGAGGAUAAAAAGCAUUUUAUAGCAGAUGUGGUUCAGAUCUGUACGGCACACCAAAUGUAGCUUAUCCAGUAGAAGGUAACUAGUUCUCACUGUGGUUCAGGAUAUGGCACUUUAAAAAUUACUACUGUAAACCUUUUCUUAGGAUAGGCCCUUAAUUUAUGAUUGCUGAGGAUCCAACCAGUGGGAUAAGGAGAAGGUCAUCAGACUCCAGAAAGGAAGGGCUUCAUCUGUAACUCCUGUCAAUGGGACUGUAGUCACCCUCACAUGCUUGAAGGUUGAGCUGCAUUACCACUGUGCUGGCAUGGACAUCACUGUGUUGGCAUAGUGACACAGAAUUGGAGCACAUGUCUAAAGCCCUUACUAUCUGUCAAAUCCUGGUUAGACCCAACAAAUAUUAAUGUCUGUCAGUUACUUUGCAGAAAGCCACUUUAAGAAUUUCACAUUAAACCAUGAUAUAAAAACAGUUAUAUGUGCAACAUAAUUCACUUGAAUGACGGUACUGUGAAAGCAAGACGUUUCUUUUAGGGGUAGUUAAUCUGAAUGAGUUCACAGCUUCUGUCAGUCUUCAGUGGUGAUCCUUGCAUCAGCUGCGGAAUUACUAAGAGGAAACUAGAACCUGCUAGCAAGAACAUCGUUUCUCAUAUGUAACACUUGGAAAUACCAUAGUUACAACUAAUUUUGCCUUUUAUAAGUUGUUUUUGGAAGUUUAAUAAAUGUCUUAGAAAUUCUGUUGUGGAAGUGUUCC